AUUUAGAUUUCUUCCAUUGGAUAGUAGGACAUUGCUUAAAAACUCAAUUAAAUACUCUAUGAAAACUAUCGGUCAGGGUCAAUAUGCACACUUUGAUGUUAUUCAAAAUAUAAAACGGCAAAUAGAUUCCAAUUGUAUUCUUGCUUCUGGUAGCGAAAUUAAAUUAAACCUUAUAUUUAGUUUUGAUGGAUUGCCCAUUUCUAAGAGUAACAGUAACCAGUUUUGGCCAAUUCAAGCAAAGUGUGAAGAAAGUACGUACGGCGUAUUUGUCGUGGGUUUAUUUUAUGGCAAGACAAAACCAGAAAGUAUUGACGAAUACUUGAUGGAUUUGAUAGCAGAGUUAAAAAGUUUGCGAGUUGGGAUUAGUUACAAUAAUUUGAAAAUAUUUUGUAAGGUUUCAAAAAUAAUAGCUGAUGCGCCAGCCAGGAGUUUUUUAAAGCAAUGUAAAAGUCAUAAUGCAUACAAUGGAUGCGAGAAAUGUAUAGAUCCAGGUUUCUGGAAGGGACGUGUAAUUUUCAGAACAUUCGAUAGUCCACUUAGGACAGAUCAAGAUUUUUAUGUUCAAAAAGAUAAACACCACCAUGUAGGCAUUUCCCCGUUUACGGAGCUUAAAAUUUUGAUGAUUUCUUCGGUUCCUCUUGACUACAUGCACCUCAUUUGCUUAGGUGUGGUUAGAAAACUAUUAAGAAGUUGGGUAAAAGGUCCAUUGCCAUUUAAAUUAUCUUCUCGUGAUAUUUCAACUUUAUCAAGUAAAUUAGUAUUAUUUUCGCAUAGUUGCCCUAAAGAAUUUUGUCGUAAGCCGAGGUCAGUAAAAGAGUUAGAUAUGUGGAAAGCGACAGAGUUUAGAACUUUUCUUCUUUAUACAGGACCCGUCGCUUUAAAAGGAUUAUUGUCGCCGAAAAAGUAUACACAUUUUUUAAAUCUUUGCGUAGCAGUCACGAUUCUUAUAACUACCAAGGCGCAAGCAAAUAAUUGGAACGAUUAUGCACGACAGCUUUUAUUGAAGUUUGUUAAAAAUGUUCCCAAUUUAUAUGAAGAAGAGUUCUUAUCAUAUAAUAUGCAUUCUCUUAUACAUAUUAGUGAUGACGCUUUAAAGCAUGGCCCGUUAGAUUCUUUUAGUGCUUUCGAUUUCGAAAAUAAUAUGCAAGUAAUAAAGCGCUCGCUACGAGCUCACUAUAAACCUUUUGAGCAAACUGUGAAUCGCACUGCUGAGAGAGAAAAUCAUAAGUACCAGUCCCCUGUGAAUUUAAAUAGACACUGUAUUAUAAAAUCGAACGGAAAGGAUCAUUGUUUUAUAUUAAAGGAUGGGAAAGUAGUUGUUAUAAGUAGUAUAAGUAAAGAUAAAAAACAUAUAAAUUGUAGAAAAUUCAAACACUCGGACAACUUGUUCACUUGUCCGUGUGAAAGUAAAAUUUUAGGAAUAAUUAAAGUUAGCAAAUUAUCAAAUAGCGUAACCAUAAUAGGUAUUAAUGAUAUUGAUAAGAAAUGUUGGUUACUCCCGUCGGAUAAAAUAGAUGAAAACAUUUGCAUUCCCUUGUAUAAUGUAACAAUAUAAUUUUUGUUAUGAAAUAAAUGAUUUUGAUAAAAAUUAA